UCAAUUUUGAAAAACAAAAUAAAUGUAUGAAGAGGAAAUUCGGCAAAAAAUUGUAAACACGUGUGUUUAGUUCUGAAAAAUAUUUCAUUUUUACAAGGAAUGGGUAAGGAGAAGGAAGAAAUUAAUUACAAAAGAAGUCCUGAGGAAAGAAAAGAUUGGAAGAAAAUACAUGAGGAAAGAAAGGCACAAAAAAGAAAAUGGAAAGAAGAGAAGUUAUUGAAAAAGAUGGAAAAGGAGGCAAAGAGACAGAAGGAGGAGCAAGAGGAGAUAACUGAGGAAAGUCCUAAACAGGGACGGCAGUACACAGUGUCUAUAGCCUUACCGGGCUCUAUACUGGAUAACGCACAGUCGCCAGAGUUACGGACUUACCUAGCAGGACAGAUAGCUAGAGCAGCAGUGAUUUUCAACAUUGAUGAGAUAAUCAUAUUUGAUGAGAUUUUCUCCAAAGACUCCACCAUUGAAGGAGAAUUCAAGGGUGUUGGAAAGAAAGGUCAGGCCAAUGUCCAGAUGGCUCGGAUCCUUCAGUACCUAGAAUGUCCCCAGUACCUCCGGAAAUCCUUCUUCCCUCACCACAAGGACCUGCAGUAUGCCGGGAUACUGAAUCCACUGGACAGUCCUCAUCAUAUGAGAGGGGAGGACGAAUCACCCUACAGGGAGGGGGUGGUCACCAACAAACUGGUCAAAGCUGGGAGAGGCUCACUGGUGAAUUGUGGGAUUGGAAAGCAAGACGUACAAAUUGAUAAACUUUUGACUCCAGGAAUUCGAGUCACAGUCAAAAUUAACCAGUAUGACCCCUCAAGGAGGAUGCUAAAGGGUCGUGUUGUGUCGCCGGCCGCCCCCAGAGAGGAGGGGGGUCUGUACUGGGGCUAUUCUAUCCGACUGGCCAAGAGUUUAGGUGCUGUGUUCACUGAAUGUCCCUAUAAAGAGGGUUAUGACUUAGCGAUCGGGACCUCAGAAAAGGGAGAUAAUGUAGACAGUGUGGAGAUGGACACCUCAAAUUUUCGUCACGCUCUGAUUGUGUUUGGUGGUGUACAGGGACUAGAGGCCAGUCUGGAAUCGGACGAAGCUUUGGACAUUGAGGAUCCUAGCCUCCUGUUUCAGUAUUACUUGAACACUUGUCCCAACCAAGGUAGUCGGACCAUCCGUACAGAAGAAGCCAUUCUUAUCAGUCUUGCCUCCAUUAGGCCUAAAUUACAGGGAAUAGGAAAAACAUGAAUAGCUGCGAUUGUAUUGUUGGUUAUAACUGUCUUAUGGAAAAUGAUGUAAUGGCAGUAGAAGGUUUUGAUUGCUAUUGCUCUAAUGUUUAACAAAAAUUGAGAUAGAAAUAUAGUGUUCAGUAUUGAAAAUCUUGUCUUCAAAUGUUAUUUAACAUGCACAUUGGCCACUGUCACUCUAUCUCUUUUUGUUGCAUAUAAUAAUUGCAACAAUUAAAACAUUAUUCAUGCAUUUGGUUUUUUUUUUUCACUCAAUCAUAUUCAAGUAUUUUUAGUUCAUAUUGAAGAAAUAUCUUUAAUGUCAUUAAGGUGGUAUAUGGGACACCUGUCAACAUUAAUGUGGGUGAAAGUACAUAAUAAUAAAAAUCCUUUCACCGGUUUAGAAUUUACAAUUUUUACAAUAUUAUAUAAAUGUAUGACAAAAAUGUUUCAAAAAUGUUUGAAAAGGUAAAAAUUUUAAAAGGUCCAGCGAGAUUCAAACUCGUGACUUACAAAUUUGUAACUAAUGGCCUAACCAAUUGAGCUACGCUUUUAGAUAACAUUUUUUGGUUAGAAAACAUCAAUAAAAUUAUACUUUAUUUUAUUGCUUAUUUUGAUCGGAAGUGUCACAAUAUGGAGGUGUCCCAUACCACCCUACUAAUGAAUUAUUAAAUGUUUUCAAAAACUUGGAGAAAUUUAUCUUAUGAUUUAACCUAAGGUAUUCAGUACUUUUUAAAAACAUUAUGGAGAAAGUUGAUUCACUAGAUAAAUCCUAAGGAUAAUGUAUCUGCAUAAUUAGUUAAAACCUUUGUUUCUUCAAAAAAUGGUGUAUGCCACUUGAAAAAGCAGCAAUUAAUUCUAGUACAAAUUGUAUACGCCUCCAGAACAAUGUUUUUUUUUUUACACAGAAAAGGCACAUGAAAUUUGAUUUCUUUUGUUUAUUAUAUUUAAAUGUUAUCAAAAAUUUGUAAAUGUAUAAUAAAGCAACAACUUUUUUCAACACAAAAAUAACAGAAAAAAUCUUACACAAGCCGUCAGUCAAUCAGCGACCGAUCUUCACUCUGUUUCAACACGCACGCAUGCAUUCAGGCUAUGAGAUCAAAAUAUGGUGCCCACCCAUCCCCUCCAAACAAAAAAGAGUUCCAUGAAUAAUAUAUAGUUAAAGACUCAUUACAUGAAGUAAGAUUUUGAUUCUUGUUUUCUUAUGUUUUCUGAGCAAUUUGUACUGAAAAAGAAAUACUUUAACUACAAAACAUCAACUCAACAGCAAUUAUUAAAUGAAAAAAAACUGUGCUUGGUUUGAAGUCAAAUAUACAAAACUUUGGUACAGUUUUAUAUAGCUUAAUCAUUAAGGAAAACUUCAGCAGACAGUUAUAUACAUGUAGAUCAUUGAGCUUUUAAAAAAAUGUGGAAUCAACUUAAAAAUUUUAAUUUGGUAUAAAAGUAUACGUAUACAUGGUAUAUGAAAAAUGUUUAUAUCAAGAAAUCAAGCUGUUAAAAUGGGGGGAAAUUAAAGACGGUAGAAACUUUUAGACAGAAAUGGAAAUUCCAUUAGCAAGUUUAAAUUAUAUAAUAAACAAAUAUUUGAUAUCUAGAUUAACUACUUAUAUUUUGAUGACAAGCACUUGUAUGAGAACUUGCAUAGAAGUUCUGAAGAAAAAGAUUCAAUGAAAUAUGGUAUUUGGCACUUUUCUAUUGCAUCUCGCACAGCAAUAUCUCCUGAAAAUCAUUGGACAUGGUAAAAUGAUGUAUAGAAUGGAAGACCCACCAAGAGACCUUAAUCUUAUGUACUGGUAUGGUUACACAAUUUCCCUCCGUUCAUGUCAUCUCUCUUUUCUCUUUUAACACAAGCACCACACAUUUGAAUUGACCAGAAAUAUCAAAUGAACACAUUUCUAGAUUUAAACAGAGGCAAUCAGAAUUCUGAGAGAUGUGGAGUUACAGAAUCUCUAAAUGUGGAGUUACAGAAUCUCUAAAGCACUUUAUGAGAAACAUAUUCCACUUGUAUUAACAAAGAUACCAAAAAAUGGAGUCACUUUUAAAAGUCCUGUGACCACUUUUGAAAUUUAAAAAAAAAAACUUUUUCUAAGUUGUAUAAAGAUUCCUUCUAUUUGAUGGUAAAUAAAAUAGUUUUUAAAAAAUUUAUAGACAUGCUUUUGAUUAUUAUUGAUUAUCAAGUCUUUUCAAAUUAGUGUCACAAAUAUUCAUGCAGUUCCUUAUGUCACAUGAAAGGAUAAAUAUUUUUUUUCCAACCCUAAGUGAAAUUAAUUUGAAAUCUAAUUCUAACUACUUUUAACUUUUACAUAACAUGCUUACUGUUUUAUAAAAAUUGACUGCAUCAACUGCUGGAGACAGGAUCGGAAAGUUAAUAAAGCCUAUUAUGCCACAAAUCUUGAACAACUGAUACAUGUAGAUAUAUUGUUUAGUUACAGCUUGUUUAAAAUUUGAGAAUAUAUAAAUGUUAUGUGUUUUAAUCACCAGUUUUAGGAAAUAAACCAAAAAAAAACA